UUGGAUUGGUUGAAGUUGAAAGGUGUUGAAAAGCGAAACCCUAAUCCUAAAAAAAUAAAAGAGGAAUGGGAAGAAGUAAAAAGAAAAGGAAUGAGUACGCGUUACAUCAAUUGGAAGAUCUUCAUUAUUGUUCGGAAAUGAAAUUUAAUAUCAUUGCGAUUGUUAUUGAAGCUGGUCUCCCAAAGUUCACCAAAGGCACGGAUCAAUGUUGUAACAUUAGAUUGAUUGACGAAACACGUUACGAAACAUCUAUGUCUGUUAACUUGUUUUCUGACACUGCUCAAAGCCUUCCACAUGUUCCUCCCGGUGACAUCAUUCUUCUUCGUAAUGUUACCUCAAAACGACAUGACCAGGAAGUAAAUGCUGUUUUCUACAAAGACUCUUCUACUUUUGCCUUAUAUAAAGGGAAAGAUACUGCUCUUGACGAUUUUGACCCUUAUCAACUUUUUUCAACAAAUAUUUUCCUCACACAACUGGACAAAAUCCGCAUUGUUAACCUUAGAAGAUGGUUACCCAAUUUUCAGAUUCCUAAAGAACCAUUUACUUUUUCUAUGCUGAGAGAAAUCAAAGAAGGUUACUUAAAUUUGGCCUGCAAGAUACUUCAUUGCUCGGAGUCUACAAAAGAUAAUUGGUUUCUCUAUGUUUGGGAUGGUACAGAUACCCCACCAAAUGUAUUAUAUACAAUGCCUGAAGAUGAAAUUAAUUCUACACGUACAUUACAUCCGGAGCCUAUGCCUUUGCCAAGAGAUAUACUACGUACUUUCCCUACCGUUGGCUCAAUCUUGAGGAUUACUUUUGAACAACCAAUAGAGGAAGAUCAUCUCCGUGUCCUUAACAUUGAUAAAUGGGUCAAAUUUGUCAACAUACGUCUUAAAGUGUAUGCAGGACUAUGGUAUGGCAUUUUUACCUCACAAUCAAAGAUUCGAUAUACCUCAAAUGUGGACCAUCAAAUUAUCGAACGCCAAAGGUUGUAUGAUGAACGAAUAUCGUUGAAAUCAGGAACAAUUGCUAUUGGCAGCUUACCUCAGUCUGAAUCUUUACGUAUUACAAAGGUUAAUCACGAUCAUGUGCCGCAAUGUACUUUGAUGGAUGUACUCACUCAUUCAGAGGUCACAGCUAAAUUCACGUGUGUUGUUCGGGUGGUAGCAGCAAAGCCAUGGCAAGCUGAAAAGUUAUGCUCUCCUACUAGUCAGUAUAUGACAAGACUGACCCUAGAGGAUCCAACAGCUAGAAUCCAUGCUUUUGUAAUUGGUGAAGAUGGGGAGACUCUUUUUGAUGGUUAUCCGGGCAUUGCAAAUAUGAAAAGGAAGUUAGACAGAUUACUUGGAGUAACUGAAUGUGGUGACGGUAUUGUGGUAAAGGAGACCCCAAGAAAUCCUCCAUGGGUGAUAGUUUGUAUUAAAUCAUACUACACCUCCAAAACUGAUGUAUGGGGAAGUAGAACUUUUGGAAUAUUUGACACCAAAAUAGUGGGUGAGCCUUGAUAUACUGAUAUGAUAUUUUGUCUAUCUCCCUUUUGCAAUAGUCUUGGGAUUGGUGCACUAGAAGAUGCAUCUUUGUCUUGUAGAGAUAGAAUGUGCACAAACUCUUUUUGUUGGUACAAGCUCUUCUCUGUCAGAGCUGUGUUGUUACUAUAUUUUGAAUACAUUUAUUAUGUAAAUUAUUUGUAUUUGGUCCGAAGAUAGUAGAUCAAAAGCGUGAAUUUCCUUUUCUAAA